GAAACCCUAAUAAGUUCGCGACGAGAGCUCGCUGGCGAAGGCAUCGACGGGAAAGCGUAAAUCCUACCAAACAGGCCCUUAGAAGAUUGGUUUUAAAAAUUUCAGAAGGAAUACAUCCUAGUACGCGACCCACUGGAGAUGCCGACAAGCGGUGGCGACAGCGGAGGUCGGCGUGGCGGCCAGAUCAAGCGUGAAUCGCUGAUAACGAGAGCGGUCAACUCAGUAUUCUCUUUUGUCCGCUUGGCCGAGUUCGAGAUCCUUUUCUUCGCUUUCUUCGUAAUCGCGUUCCUCAAAUUCAAGGAUUUGAAUUGUAAAAAUAUAUUGAUGCAGAUCUCACGCCCUGAGUACAAUCAGAUCUUUGUGAAGAAGCCUAUCGAUGACAACAACCCAUGGCCUUACUGAGUCUACUUGACUCUCAGUAGCUGCAGUUGCAGCAGCAUAAAUGGCGUCAGCCUUUUCCUCACCAGUGGAUGUUUUUACAUGCAAGUUCUGUAAGCAGCUAUAAUCCUUUAAACCACACCACGCCUCUCUCUCUCUCUCUCUCUCUCUCUCUCUCCAACCAAAUUGGACUGUAAAAAGAAUGAUCAGUAUGUGUGCUUUUUUGUAAAGAAUUUUGAUCCUUAAUGUUUCUUGUUGUGGAGACUCUUCAUACAGUUAUAAAAAUUUUAUCUUCACUCUCU